ACCCGGAGCUCCGUACCAGUUCCCGGGUAACCCGCUUACCCGGAUUCUUGCCCCGGAUGUUUUGAAUAUUUAUUUUGGGUUUAUAUUCUAGUAUUUAAAGGUCCUCUCCAAGAAGAGAAUAUUGCUGCUCUCUUUCUCCAUCUUGAUAUUUUUUAUUCAGAGUAACUUUGCUUCAAGAGAGUGACAAAAUAUUUUCAGAUUUUUUUUUUUUGAUUUUGCUCCAAGAAGAUGGAGUGAUCAGGUGAAAUGGAUAAGUUCAGUCUGUGAUUUCUUCUCCCAUUCUUGCUCAUUGCUAAACCGAGCUAAGGAACAGAGUUCAAUAGCAUCAUUAUAAAAGCAAAUCCUCAAGUAAGUUUCAGAUAAACACGCUUAACCUGCAGACAUCGAUACAGAAGGACUUAAAAGGCAGAGCGCAUAAAGAAGAGUGCAAAGAUGUUUACUUGCAUAAACUGUACAAAAACAUCAGACAGAGACGAUGAGGAUGAAGAUGGAGCGCGUGGGAGCACCACUCCCAACACUAAAGAAGCCGUUAAAAGCCUAACUACACAGAUCAAAGAUAUGGCGUCGAAGUUCUCUGGUGCUUCUAAACAAUCCAAGCCACCCUCUGGCUCCUCAAGCAGCAACUUGAGGAGAGAGCUGAGGAAGUAUCCGGAUUUCGACGCUGCAUCAGAUAGUGUUCCAUACCCUUAUAUGGGAGGUGGAAGCACAAGUUCUACUCCUGCUUGGGACUUCACAAGCUCCUCUCAUCAUCAAGGAGGACGGGCAGACUCAAAAUUCACAUCAAUGUAUGGUGGUGAACGCGAAUCCAUAUCUGCUCAGUCUUGUGAUGUGGUGCUAGAAGAUGAUGAGCCAAAGGAGUGGAUGGCUCAAGUAGAGCCUGGUGUUCACAUUACAUUCGUCUCACUUCCCAGUGGAGGAAAUGAUCUUAAACGGAUACGUUUCAGCCGGGAGGUAUUUGACAAGUGGCAGGCUCAGAGGUGGUGGGGUGAGAACUACGACAGAAUAGUUGAGCUUUACAAUGUUCAGAGAUUUAACCGGCAAGCCCUUCAAACCCCUGGUAGAUCUGAAGAUCAGUCACAGAGAGAUUCAACUUAUACAAGAAUAGAAUCAGCAAGAGAAAGCAGAGACUGGACUCCAAGACACAACUACAGACCUCCAGGAGGAAGCAGCAUCCCACAUCACUUUUACGGACCACCAAUGGACGCAGCAAGAAUCACCACUUCAUCUAGGGACGACCCGCCUUCCGUCAGUAACGCUAGUGAAAUGCAAGCAGAAUGGGUCGAAGAAGACGAGCCUGGGGUUCACAUUACCAUUAGACAGUUACCUGAUGGAACCAGAGAGUUACGCCGUGUCAGAUUCAGUCGGGAACGGUUUGGGGAAGUGCAUGCUAAGACAUGGUGGGAGCAGAACAGAGACAGAAUACAAACACAAUACCUCUAAGGGGGAGAAGAGAGAGAAAGGGAGAGACCAAUGUUUAAUCUUCUUUAACAAAACAUCGGUAUACACAAAACAGAAUCAGAAUGUGAAAUGAACACAAAAAUGAGAAGAAAUUUUUGUUAUUAGAGGCUUGUAGUUAGUUUAGUUCUCGGCGUUUUGACAGAUAAGCAAUUUUUCAGACAGAUGAGAUGAGGUUUUUUAUUUUA